GUCGAGUUCACGCCCCGCUGCAGUUCAGCGAGCGGUCUGAUCUGAAGCGAGUGAAGCGCUCCUGCAAGCUGUCACGCAGCCACUUGGCGCGGCUGGAGAUGGAGCCCAGCUGGUUUGUCGCCCAGGUCGUAGACCGCCACCCAGAGUUCUACCAGGCUGCCUUCGGGAACGCGCACCCAUGCGAGCCCCUCGCAGGCGUCGAAGGCGUCAGUGUAGGCGUUCAGAAUAUCCUCAUCAGCGCGCACCUCGCGCUCGCAUCGGACGAAGGCGUCUGGAGCCCAACGAUCCCCGUCUGCAAUCUGCCGGCGAACGCGGCCCAGGGCGAGAGGUUGGAGCUGAACGCGAGAAAAACGGCCAUCGCCCCCAUCGGAGGGCUGUCACACCAACAAAUGCGAGAGCAGCUGCAGGAACUGGCGCCGCCACGGGGCGCCAUGGAGAUUGCCGACACCGCCCAGCACCUCGGCCCAUGCGUCGGCACCGGGCGAGGCCGGGCCAUCUCCGACCAGCUCGAAUCUGGCCUAGCGAGGGCUCGCUGCAUCGUGGGCCGAAGAACCGACGAGGUCGGCACGGCCGUCGCCGCUGCUAGCUCCGCGACCGAAGUCAUCUCCGCGCCCCUCGCGGCCCUGUCGGCCAGCUCGCCCAGCCUCCAGCUCGCGAACUGCAUCUGGCCAACCAGAAGAUGCAUCGCGAUGGACAGGUCGUUGCUGCGCGCCUGGAGGGGCGACUGGAUAGCUGCCGCCAUGCUCGCCGACAUACUCGCAGUCAUGGACUGCACGGCCUCCUGCGCCAUCUCCAUUGCCCAGGAUGGCAGGGCCGACCACGGGCGAUUGCUCCACAUCUCCUCGCCCAUGGGGGCCGAACUGGAUGCCGAACUGAACGUUCCAGAAGAAGGGCGAGCCACCAGGCACGACCGCUGGCGGUUGAACGACGGCGAGGCGAGUUACGCCGCGACCCCCUUGGCCGCUCUGCCCGGGGGCAUCCUGCCGGCGCUGUCCGGGCCCUUCCGCUCAGCCGACAGCCCCAGUCUGCCGGGAGCGGAAGGCCCCGAACGGGCCGCCCCGCAUCAGUCCGCGGACGAGUUCGGGGCGGGCGGCCCCGAGGACGACGCAGAGGCAGCGGGCCCACAGCCGCGCAACUACGCCAGCGUCGGCCCCGGCGGCGGCUGCCGCGAGUCGAACCGCGAGGGAGAUAGAUUUAGCUUCGCGCGGGCCUCUGAUCCCAAAGCGGCUCUCGCCAAGGGGGUCAUGCGGGGAGUCGGGCUGGGGAGCUACAUUGUCCUGCGCCGGCGGGCUGCGGCCACCGCCACCGCCCUGGAUUGCCUGUGGCAUGCCAGUCUGGACGGGACUGCGUUGCCCGCCAUGGACAGGGGCCCACGCGGUGAGCCCCCGGAACUGCGGCGCGCUUCCGAGCACGCGGCCCCGGUGGAGUCGCCCGCGGGCGCGCCCUUCGUGACCGCGCGCGAGGGCGUCGCCGUCAACUCGGGGGUCGAGUUCGACGGGCGCGAAGCGCGGUUACCCCCGUUCGCCUCCAGGCGGGAGCUGGCCGCGCGCGUCAAGCACAGUCGCGCGGCGGCAAAGCACGGCGCUGCCGUCACGAAACGCCUG